AUGCGUCGUGACUCUCAGAUCAAGGAAAUCCCUGUGGACAACAAUGCCCUCCACCCCGAGGACACUGUCGUUCGACGAGCAUCAGAGGCAAUCCCGGGUUUUGCUGAGCUCUCAGCAGAAGCCAAAGAUGCCACCGAUAAGGAACACCAGAUGGGCUUCAAGCAAGCCCUGCGUCUUUACCCAAAGGCUGUCGGCUGGUCUAUCCUCCUUUCAACCGCCAUUAUCAUGGAAGGCUACGACGUAGUCCUCCUCUCCUCCUUCUACGCCCUCCCUCAAUUCAACAAGAAGUACGGUAUUCUGACUCCAGACGGCACGUACACCGUCCCCGCGCCAUGGAAAUCCGGACUCAGCAACGGCGCUCUCUGUGGUGAGAUCCUGGGUCUCUUCAUCAACGGCAUCGUCUCCGAAAAGUAUGGCUACCGAAAGACCAUGCUGGCUUCCUUGGCCAUGAUGAUCGCAUUCAUCUUUAUCCCAUUCUUUUCCCACAAUAUCGAGACUCUCUUGGUUGGCGAAAUCCUCUGCGGUAUCCCGUGGGGUGUUUUCCAAACUCUCACCACCGCCUACGCUUCCGAAGUCUGCCCUGUCGCUCUUCGUGCGUACCUCUGCACAUAUGUCAAUCUUUGCUGGGUUAUUGGACAAUUCAUUGCUUCUGGCGUACUCCGUGGGGUCCUUAACCGUAGCGACCAAUGGGCUUACCGCAUUCCCUUCGCGAUCCAAUGGCUCUGGCCCCUCCCCAUUCUAAUUGGUGUCAUCUUUGCACCCGAGUCCCCUUGGUGGCUCGUCCGUCACGGCCGCGAGGCAGACGCAAAGAAAGCUCUCCUUCGCCUCACAACCCGCAACGACCCAACCUUCAACGCUGACGCCACAAUCGCAAUGAUGUCCCACACCAACGCACUGGAGAAGCAAAUCUCGGCUGGAACUUCGUACCUCGACUGCUUCAAGGGCGUCGAUCGCCGCCGCACAGAAAUCGCCUGCAUGACUUGGAUGGUUCAAACUCUCUGCGGCUCCACCUUCAUGGGUUACUCAACCUACUUCUAUCAACAAGCCGGCCUCCCCACCACUUCCGCCUUCGACCUCUCCAUGGCCCAAUACGCACUCGGCAUGGUAGGCACAGUGGGCUCUUGGUUCCUCAUGCACCGCGCCGGCCGCCGAACACUGUAUCUCUACGGCUCCUGCGCCCUUCUCGGUCUCCUCUUGAUCAUCGGCCUCACGGCCAUCGCACCAGCUUCCAACCAACCCUCUCGCUGGGCUAUCGGCUCCAUGCUCCUGAUCUUCACGUUCGUAUACGAUUUCACGGUUGGUCCGGUCUGCUACUCUCUCGUCGCGGAAGUCUCCUCCACUCGCCUCAAGGCCAAGACCAUCGUGCUCGCAAGGAACUUCUACAACAUCGGCGGCAUCGUCGUCAACGUGCUAACCACGUACCAACUUACCCCCAAGCCCAACGGCUGGGGCUGGUCCGCCAAGAGCGCUUUCUUCUGGGCUGGCAGCUGUGCGUUGUGUAUCGUGUGGAUUUUCUUCAGGUUGCCGGAGCCGAAGGGACGCACGUAUGGUGAGAUGGAUGUCUUGUUCGAGCGCGGUGUUUCAGCGCGCAAGUUCCGCGAUACUAAAAUUGAUAUCUUCCGCGGUGACCAUCUUGCGCCGGUUACGGAAGUUGAUUCAUCGAGUGAGAAGGAGGCGGAGAAGGCGGCGGUUGUGAUGGUCGAGAAGGCUUAG